AAUAUAGCACACGCCCAAAUUGGAGGUUGAAAUCGGCGCAAAGAAACCUGCACAGUUUCCACACUCACAGUGAAAAGAGGUAGUUCGAGUCUCCACUUUCCUCUGUUCAACGGAGCCUGCAAUCUCUCUUCUUGCUCAGAAUCUUCGAUGGGAAAAAAGAAAAAUCAGAAACUGAAACUUUUCGAAGAUUAUAAGACUAAGGAGCAGGUGUUCUUAUCCUGGAUCUGUCCUCCUAAAGGCUGGUACAAACUUAACGUGGAUGGGACAGUGCAUAAGAGGAUAGGAGGAGGUGGUGUCAUCCGAAAUGAAUACGGUCAAUGGGUUGGAGGAUUUGCGGCAAAUUUCGGAAAGGGCAAAGUGAUUGAUGCUGAGCUUUCGGCGUUACAUACUGGCUUGGUAUAUGCUUGGAAUUCUGGAUGGUUUCCUCUUGAAGUGGAAACCGAUGCGAUAAAGACUAUACAGUUUAUGGUGAAUGAAAUUGAGGUGGACCAUAGUCACCCGCAGUUUGACUUGAUUAGGAGCUGCCAGGCUCUCCUUAAUCAAAACUGGAGAUAUUCUCUGCGUCAUGUGUAUAGAGAACAGAACUGUGUAGCUGAUUCUUUAGCCAGACAUGGGCUUACAAUGGAGCCAGGCUGCCACUAUUUUACUGAUCCACCUCCUCAUUGUAUCCCUUUGCUAGCUGAGGAUCAGAGUGGGUUCACUCGACCCCGGUUGGUUACUCCUAGAGCCAUGCAAUACAGAAGGGGAAUGGCGAGUCAGAGUCAGAGUCCAAAAACAGGGGACAGUCAGAAAAUGGAGGAGAGUCAGGAAAGGGAGGAUCUUGCAUCUAUGACUUUCAGAUGGAAAAUCGACAACUUCUCUGAGUUGAACUUGAAGCAUUACUCUGAGGUUUUCAUCAUCGGUGAUUUUAAAUGGCGGAUCCUUAUUUAUCCAAGGGGAAACAACACAAACCAUCUGUCAGUGUAUUUGGAAGUUCCAGAUUCUUCAGAAUUACCUUAUGGGUGGUCUAGAUAUGCCCGAUUCAGCUUAACCAUGGUUAAUCAAGUUGAUCACAGCAAGUCAUUCACAAAAGGAACUGUACAUGUAUUCAGUAUUCGUGAGAGUGAAUUUGGAUUCCAAUCAUUAGCCCCUCUAAUUCUUCUCCGUGACCAAAGAAAUGGGUUUCUUGUGAAUGAUACAUGUAUCAUUGAAGCCGAGGUUGGAGUCCGUAAGGCUGAAGCAAAGAUUUUAGAAGACCCGAGUUCCAGCAUUUCUGCAUCUAUGGAGGCUACUUCUUCAUAGGAGAGAAGCAUAAUGAAUAGUCAAAAAAUAUAUAUAUAAAACUAAAGGUUGUCCUAACGAGUGAUUGGACAUACAUAAACCUUAUGCAGUUACGCUGCGACUGGUUUGGUAGAUAGAUUCGUAAAGUAAUCAAUGUAGUACUUGAAAAAAGCAGUCAAUAUAGUAGUACCGCCGUCCAUUUUUGGUCUAA